GUAUUUUUACUAUUACAGAAAUUCGAACAAUUUGCACAAUUCAGUAUUUACUCCUCAAUAAAAGUUUUUUCAACUUUAUUUGAAAAUCUGUAUAAAAUAAUUAAUAGUAUUGUGUGUUUUAUUGUGACAAUGAAAGCAAUAUAUUUGUUUAUUUUAUUUAUAUUGUGUUUCGAAGUGCACGCAAUUUCAAAUUUAGACCAACAGCUAAUUAAUGCUGCUAAAAAUGGUUAUACAGAUAGAGUCAAAACUCUAAUCAAAAAUGGUGCUAAUGUGAAUUUUAGAGAUGUUGAAAACGAUACGCCACUUCUUUGGGCUGCUCACAAUGGUCACAUUGAAACGAUUAAAGUGUUAUUAGAAAAUGGUGCAAAUAUAUUCGAUAGAAAUAAAGCAAAUGAAACUUCACAUGAUUUAGCUGUUCGAGAAAGUAAAACAGAAGCAGCUAAUCUUCUAUUGGAAAUGAAGAACUUUAUCGAACAUUCAAAUCAUCACUUAAGUGGAUAUAUUAAUGAAACCAUGAAACGAAUAACAAUAGUGGUAACAAGCCACAGCUAAACCAAAAAAAAUAUA